CAUUACCUAAGGUGUAGCACUGGUUAACGCGUAAAGCGCGUGCGCUGCCUUGUUUCCAGAGCGCGCCUAUGUCCUCCCCGGCUCAGCCCUCAAGAUGGCCGGGAUCCCCUUGUAUUUUGUGGAUCUGCAGGAUGAUCUUGAUGAUUUUGGCUUUGAAGACUAUGGACCAGACUGUGAGAGCAUGAGGAUAAAUGCAUUCCUAGACAUUCCAGGGCAGGACAACCUCACGCCUCUUGCAAGGCUGGAAAAAUAUGCAUUUAGUGACAAUGUAUUUAACAGGCAGAUUAUUGCUAGAGGUCUGCUGGAUGUCCUGAGAGAUUUCAGCAGCAAUGAAGAAGACUUUCUUACUGUGAUGGAAAUAAUUGUGCGAUUGUCAGAAGAUGCAGAGCCUACAAUAAGGACUGAACUAAUGGAGCAAAUUCCUCAGAUCACCAUCUUUUUGCAGGAGAGCCGACCUCAUUUUCCCAGAGCAUUUUCAGAAUACCUCAUGCCCAUUGUUGUUCACUACCUCAAAGACCACAAUAACCAGGUCAGGAAGUCAUGCCACGAAGCUUUGCUGAUCUUGCUGGAGCAAGACCUGAUCAAUCAAAAUGAUUUGGAAAACAAGGUUUGCCCUAUUUUACUUGAACUUUCAGCUCCUGAAAUUGACAAUGAGCACAAAGUGGAGGCAGUAAACAUCAUUUGUAAAACGAUUUCUAUGUUGGGAAGGCAAACAGUGGAACAAAUGUUACUUCCACGGUUUUGUGACCUCUGCAGUGAUGCAAAAUUGUUCCAAGCUCGAAAGGUUUGUGCAGCAAACUUUGGAGAUGUUUGCAGUGCUGUUGGCCAAGAAGCCACGGAAAAAUUCUUGAUCCCAAAGUUUGUGGAGCUGUGCUCUGACAGUGCAUGGGGAAUGCGCAAAGUGUGCGCAGAAUGCUUUAUGGCAGUCUCCUACACAACAUCUAGUGAGAUCAGACGGACAAAACUUUCUCCACUCUUCAUAAACCUAAUCAGCGACCCUUGCAGAUGGGUUCGUCAGACAGCAUUCCAGUCUUUAGGUCCGUUCAUCUCAACAUUUGCCAAUCCAUCCAGUGCUGCACUGUAUGUAAAAGAUGAUGGGUCACUGAGCAUCAAACCUCCACCUCCUAUAGAAGAUGUGUCCUCUUCAUGUGUCAGAGACUCCACAGAAUUAGCUGAAAGCCCUGGAAAUCGUGCGAAUGCCACACCUGAUAAUGCGGAUAGCAACAAGCAUUUAGAGAGAUGCACUAUAUAUAGUACUGAACUGAAUCAUGAUAAGGUUGAUGCCACGUGCAGUGCCAUAGAAGAUGAUGCCAUGAGCCACUGCAAUAAAUUUCAUGCCAACUCUAUCCAAGGCGAAGCACGAGUAGGAGAUGUAUUUAACUCUUUCAAUUUCUGGCGCAGCCCUUUGCCUGAUAUAAGUGAAGAGCUGGAACUGCUCCAUGUAGAAAAAGCCAAGGAUUCUAAACCGAGUUCCAAAUGCAAUCAAUACUUAGUCAGCAGUGACAUAAAAAUGGUGAUCCAGAGUUUGCAGGGACACAUGGACGAUCCAGAUGUUCAAACUCAAAUUGAGGUACUAUCUGCUGCCCUUCGAGCUGCUGAGCUUGACACGGUAAACCAGGAAGAAAUACAAAAUGCACAGCAGGAAGAUUCUUCAGCAGAUAUCUGCCCUAAAUAUCCAGCUUUGCCAGAACCAGAACGAGAGGAACCUAGUAUUGUAAAACCUGUUGAAGACACAAUGUCCAGUUGUGAACUCAGCGUUUCCAUUGAAUAUGAUCAGGAAGACCAAAACCUAGAUAGUUCUGAUGAAGAAAGGCCAAAAAUUCAGGAUGUUGUGCCGCAGCCAUUAUUAGACCAAUAUUUAUCCAUGACUGAUCCCGUCCGUGCCCAGACGGUGGAUACGGAAAUAACAAAACAUUGUGCAUACAGUCUUCCAGGUGUGGCAUUAACUCUAGGAAGACAGAACUGGCAUUGUCUGAAAGAAACAUAUGAAACCCUAGCCGCUGAUGUUCAGUGGAAGGUACGCCGGACGUUGGCAUUUUCAAUCCAUGAACUGGCUGUCAUUCUUGGAGAUAAAUUAACAGCAGCUGAUCUUGUUCCAAUUUUCAAUGGCUUCCUAAAAGAUCUAGAUGAAGUCCGAAUUGGUGUCUUGAAGCAUUUAUAUGACUUUCUCAAGUUGCUCCAUACAGACAUCAGGCGAGAGUACCUCUACCAGCUGCAAGAAUUUUUAACAACUGACAACCACCGGAAUUGGAGGUUCCGUUAUGAGCUGGCUGAGCAGCUUAUCCUGAUUCUGGAUUUGUAUAACCCAAAAGAUGUGUAUGACUACUUAAGGAUUCUUGCAUUGACCCUGUGCUCAGAUAAAGUGUCAGAGGUCAGAUGGAUUUCUUUCAAACUGGUGGUGGCAAUAUUACAGAAAUUUUAUGCAAAUGGGGAAAAUGAAUUGGGUCUUAAUUUCAUCAAUGAACUAAUUGUGCAGUUCAGACACUCUUCCAAGUGGGUGGCUCGUCAAGCAUUUGCAUUCAUCUGCCAGGUAAUAGUGCAGGAUGAAUGCAUUCCAGCAGAGCAGUUUGCUACACAGUUGCUUCCCAACCUACUUAGUCUUGCAUCAGAUCCAGUGCCCAAUGUUAGGGUAUUGCUUGCUAAGGCACUGAAACAAACCUUGCUAGAAAAACCAUAUUUCACCAGCCUGGGAAACCCACAUCUUGAAAAUGUUGAGAAAACUGUACUAGCAAUGCAAUUGGACAAAGACCAGGAUGUGAGAUUCUUUUCCGGAACACAGCCAAAACGGCAUGUGAACUCAACUCCUAUAGAGCAAUCUGUUGAUUAAUUCUCUUUUUCGGUGCAUGUUGCAAUCUGAUCUGUCCAGGUUUUUUACUGUACCUAGAUUUGUUGUAGCCAUGAACUUUUGAAACCUUUUUUUGUUGGCAGCAAAAGAUGGAUCAAUAGCAUGUAAUGCACUAUAUAUCAUAUAUGUAUAUAUAUAUAUAUAUAUAUAUAUAUAUAUAUAUAUAUAUAUAUAUAUAUAUAUAAAUAAAUAGUAUUUAUAACAGCUUUAUUUUAAAAAGCCACAGACAAAAAUUAAAUGUAACAAUUUUCACUAGUGGAUUUCCACACAUUAAUUCACUUCAGAUGAUAAUGCAUUUAACUAUUCCAUUCAGGUACAAAGGGCUCUCAACUAUUAUCAAAAUCAAUUCAGUGUUUUUAUUUUAUGUAAAUACAUGUACAAGAGGGGAAAUGUAAACUAUCUGCUUCUUUAAUAUGUUUUUAAAUAUUUUAUAUUUUUUUUAAAACAAAAACAAAAGAAAGCAUCAAAUCCUGUGGAUAACGUCUCUGAAAGGGGUUUUUAAAAGCAAAAGAAACAACCAUAUUUUUUUUCAGAUAUUGGCAGUCCGUAAUAUUCAUUUUCUCCAUUGUUUAUAGACAUCAAUGCUAUUCUUAAUAAAAAAAAAGUAAACCUAAAGCUUAAACCUUAAAACAUUUUAAAUGGGACUAAUUUUAACUUAAAUGAAACAAAUCUUCCUCAAAUGCUUUUUAAAGCAAAUAAAAAUUGUUGACUUUCACUGCAAUAA